ACUCAGGUAAAUCUAACCGAUCGAUCAAACACUUGUGUUGCUUCUUCGUCGAUAAUAACCAGACAAAGAAAAAAAAAUAAAUAAAUGUGGUCAGUUGAAUACGACAAGCAACGCGAUAAUAUAAAAUAAUAUUUUUUAAAUUUAAAAAAUAGAAGAAGUCAUGGAGAACCAGCAGGUGUGGGUACGUGACCCAAACGAGGGAUUUAUCAUUGGAAAGUUUACAGACAUGGUGGAUGGUGAUGCUCUCAUUGUCCCUUUGGAUAAAAAAUAUUCACAACGUACAUGUCCUCUUGAUGAAGUUUAUCCAGCAGGAGAAUACACCAAAGACGUCGAAGACAAUUGUGCCCUGAUGUACCUGAAUGAGGCAACUCUUCUUAACAAUAUUCGCACUCGUUAUUUUAAAGAUCGUAUAUAUACUUAUGUUGCAAAUAUUUUGAUUGCUGUUAAUCCAUAUUGUCCAGUAAAAGAUUUGUAUUCAUCACAAACAAUAAAAAAAUAUCAAGGAAAAUCAUUGGGUGAAACACCACCUCAUGUAUUUGCAAUUGCUGAUAAAGCAUUUAGAGAUAUGAAAGUAUUAAAACAAAGUCAAAGUAUAAUUGUAUCAGGUGAAUCAGGAGCUGGUAAAACAGAAUCAACAAAAUAUUUAUUACGUUAUUUAUGUGAUUUAUGGGGCUCAACAGCUGGACCAAUUGAACAAAAAAUUCUUGAUGCAAAUCCAGUAUUAGAAGCAUUUGGUAAUGCUAAAACAAAACGUAAUAAUAAUAGUUCACGUUUUGGUAAAUUUAUGGAAGUACAUUUUGAUAAUAAAUGUCAAGUUGUUGGUGGUUAUAUAUCACAUUAUUUACUUGAAAAAUCACGUGUAUGUAUACAAAGUCCAGAUGAACGUAAUUAUCAUGUAUUUUAUUUAAUGUGUGCUGGUGCACCAAUUGAUUUACGUCAAAAAUUAGGUAUAACAAAACCUGAUGAUUAUCAAUAUUUAAAAAAUGGCUGUACACAAUAUUUUUGUAAUGAUAAAUCAAAUAAAAAAUUAAAUGAUUCACAAAAAAGUAAAAAUCAUAUGACAAAAGGUUGUUUAUCUGAUCCAAUAUUAGAUGAUAUUGAAGGUUUUAAUUCAGUUGAUAAAGCAUUUACACGUCUUGGAUUAAAUGCAAAUGAAAGAUUUGAAAUUUAUACAAUGGUUGCUGCUGUAUUACAUCUUGGUAAUAUUUCAUUUGAAGAUAAUCCUGAGGAUACAAAAGGUGGCUCAAGAAUAACAAAAUCAUCAGAUAAUGCUGUAUUAAUGACAGCAAAAUUAUUAAGUAUUGAUACUGAUGAAUUACGACAAGCAUUAAUAUCAAAAGUAAUGCAAACAAGUCGUGGUGGUAUUAAGGGUACAGUUAUAAUGGUACCAUUAAAAGUAUAUGAAGCAAAUAAUGCACGUGAUGCACUUGCUAAAGCAAUAUAUUCAAAAUUAUUUGAUUAUAUUGUAUCAAGAAUUAAUGAUAGUAUACCAUUUAAAGCAUCAAGUUAUUAUAUUGGUGUACUUGAUAUUGCUGGUUUUGAAUAUUUUAAAGUUAAUAGUUUUGAACAAUUUUGUAUAAAUUAUUGUAAUGAAAAAUUACAACAAUUUUUUAAUGAAAAAAUAUUAAAAUAUGAACAAAAUUUAUAUUCAAAAGAAGCACUUAAUGUACCAAAAAUAUCAUAUGUUGAUAAUCAAGAUUGUAUUGAUUUAAUUGAAUCAAAAAUAAAUGGUAUAUUUAGUUUACUUGAUGAAGAAUCAAAAUUACCAACACGUAGUUAUUCACAUUUUACAAGUGAAGUACAUAAAACAUGGAGUGGUCAUUUUCGUAUAACAUUACCACGUACAUCAAAAUUAAAAGCACAUCGUGAAUUACGUGAUGAUGAAGGUUUUGUAAUACGUCAUUAUGCUGGUGGUGUUUGUUAUCAAACAUAUCAAUUUAUUGAAAAAAAUAAUGAUUCAUUACAUGCAUCACUUGAGGGUCUUAUACAAGAAAGUGAUAAUAAUUUUUUACGUACACAAUUUGAAAAAUUACCAAGUCAAAAAGGUAAAUUAACAUUUAUAAGUGUUGGUAGUAAAUUUAAAACACAAUUAGGUGAACUUAUGGAUAAAUUAAAAUGUAAUGGUACAAAUUUUAUACGUUGUAUUAAACCAAAUAAUGAUAUGAUUGAUCAUUCAUUUGAUGGUGCUAGUAUACUUGGACAAUUACGUUGUUCUGGUAUGACAUCUGUACUUGAACUUAUGGAACAUGGUUAUCCAAGUCGUGUACCAUUUAAUGAACUUUAUAAUAUGUAUAAAACAUAUUUACCACCAGAAUUAGCUAAAUUAGAUCCACGUUUUUUUUGUGAAGCAUUAUUACAUAGUCUUAAAUUAAAUAAUAAAGAUUUUAAAUUUGGUAUAACACGUGUAUUUUUUAAACCAGGUAAAUUUGCUGAAUUUGAUCGUAUUAUGAAAACAGAUCCAGAUAAUUUAAAAAUACUUGUUGCUAAUGUUAAAAAAUGGCUUGUUAAAUCAAGAUGGAUUAAAAUACAAUUUUGUGCAUUAUCUGUUAUUAAAUUAAAAAAUAAAAUUAUUUAUCGUCGAAAACAUUUAAUUGUAUUACAAAAAAAUGCACGUAUGUAUAUUGCUAUGAAACAACAUCAACCACGUAUCAAAGGUAUUAUUAAAAUUAAAAAUUUUAAAAAACAAUUAACACAAAUGCAUGAUAUAUCAAAACAAUUAAAUAUAUCAUCAAGAGAUAAAACAAUCAAUGACAUAAUACAAUUACAAAAAGACAUUGAUAUAUCUGUUGAUAAAAUUAAAAAUAAUCCAACAAUAAAUACAACUGAUAUUGAUUUAUUAUAUACAAAACUUUCAAAUGGUGUUAGUAAUAUGAUGAAUUAUCUACAAGAUACUGUUAAACAACAAAAAAUUGCUGAAGAACAAACACGGCUUAAAAAUAUUAAGCUACAAAUGGAAGCUGAUGAAAAAUUAAAAAAUGAAGAAUUAAAUAAAAAAAAAGAAGAUGAUGAAAAUCGUCGUAAAAGAAUUGACAUGGAAGCAAGACGUAAAAAUGAAGAAGCUGAAAGAUUUAAACAAGAAGAAGAAGAUAAAAAAACAGCAUUAGCACUUCAGCUACAGUUGGAAAAUGAAGAAAUGGAAAAUAGUAGAUAUCGUGAAUUAUUAGAACAAGAAAGACGUGAUCAUGAUUUAGCUGUACGUCUUGCACAAGAAUCAAAUGGACAAGUUGAAGAUUCACCACCACUUCCAAGAAGUGACUCAGAUGUGCGGGUAACUACACCAAACAACAACAGGCUCAUCAGAUCGGAGCAAGUGCGAAAUAAUCAGGCAAUGAUGAUUAAUAAAAAAUUCGAUUUAUCAAAAUGGAAAUAUUCAGAGCUACGAGAUGCCAUAAAUACAUCUUGUGAUAUUGAAUUACUUGAGGCAUGUCGUCAUGAAUUUCAUCGUCGUUUGAAAGUUUAUCAUGCUUGGAAAGCAAGAAAUCGUAGACGUACAACUAUGGAUGAAAAUGAAAGAGCUCCAAAGUCUAUUAUGGAAGAAGCUGCAAAAUCACCACGUACUCCAAUGAAACAACAAAUUGUUGAAUCAUCACAGCGUUUUUUCCGUAUUCCAUUUGUACGUCCUGGUGCAAGUGGUCAAUCAGAAAAUCCAAAUACUGCUGGUAAACGUGGAUGGUGGUAUGCACAUUUUGAUGGUCAAUAUGUUGCACGACAAAUGGAACUUCAUCCUGACAAACCACCAAUUUUACUUGUCGCAGGAGUUGAUGAUAUGCAGAUGUGUGAGCUAAGUCUAGAUGAAACUGGUUUAACAAGAAAACGUGGUGCUGAAAUACUUGAGCAUGAAUUUAAUCGUGAAUGGGAACGUCAUGGUGGUAAACUUUACAUUAUUCCGGGUGAUCGCAAAAAAUAAUAUUUCGAAAAUUAUGAAAAAAAAAAAAAACA